UCAAGCACUUAGUAUGUGCCCGGCACAAUGCUAAACUCUGGGGAGACAGAGAAAGGCAAAAACUAGUCUCUGCUCUUUAGGACUCUGGCGUUAUAAAGUGGGUGGGAGGCGCGAAGGAAAAGCAAGAGUCCUGCCAGAUUAUACAUGGGAUAAACGGGAGAUAGUCGGGAGAGAGGAAAGGCACUAGCGCUAAGAGGGAUCGGGAAAGACUUCCUGUAGAAGGUGGGACGUAUCUGGGACUUAAACCACGGAAGGAAGGACAGCCAAUGAAAAGCCCCGAGUGGGAGAUGGAGUGUAUUGUGGGAGGAGCCGCAGGGAAGGGGGCCUUUCUGGGCAGCUGAGCACUAAGGGAGUGAGGUGUCAGGAAAGGUAAGAGGGGACCGCGUGGUGAAGGAGCUCGGAGCACAGCCAAGAUCAUUUUACAGAUGAGUAACUCAGGCAAACAGGAUUAAAGUGACUUGCCCAGAGUCCCAUAGCUGAUAAGUGGGCUCUGCCUCCUUUCCCUUUUUAUUCUUCCUUUGUUCUCUUCUGGUGAUCUCUAGUCAGGAGCAGUUUCACAGUUGAUCCAAUAUGUGGGAGCCCUCCUGGAAGGCUUUGGAAAAUUUUCCACUUCUGCUCUAUAUUUUGAUUGCAAAAUCUAUUAUUCUUUGCUUGGCAUUUGCUGGAGCCAAAAUGUGGCAGAGGAAAAGACUGGAAGCACAAAUACAAAAAAAAUUGGAGGCCACACAGAAAAAGACCAUUGAGAAGAAAGAAGAAUGAUGUUUUACAAAUUGUCUGACGAUUUGGAUAGACUCCAGUUCUAGGAGUGUGGUGUGUCAAGGGAUUAUAUCCUCACCUGUAACUUCAACUUAAAACAGUGUAUAAGUUGGCAUAUGCUUUAUUAGGAAUUGGCAUAUAAUUUACAUAUUAAAAUGGUUUUCUCAA